UUUGCCAAGAGUAUUAUCGACAUUUAAUAAGUUCAAAAAUAUUUGUGAAUACCUCAAGGAGGAAUAUCGCAACGCAUAUUCAAGUAUGGCCAACUCUGCUGCUGACUUUGCAGCAGAGAACCGAUUUCAACAAUGGCUUAAACGUUCGAAGGAUAUUAAUUACAGCACUAUAAGGACUGCACGUCGUACUACUGUCGAUUUGCUUAUCUAUGUCAUAUUUUUGGGACUGGCUUCAAAAGUGACGCAGACGUUCAAUAAUAAAAAUAUGUUCUUCUACAACGACUCUUUUCAGAGGCAAUUGAUAAAGCGUGAGUUUACCUUGGAGGAUGGCUCAAAAUGCAAAUUUGAGAUUUACAGCAUCAAGAACUUUUGGGGCUAUGCUUUGCAUACAUUUUUACCAUUUCUCGUGCAAGGCGACUUUAGGCCGAAUGAUCCGAGCGCCAUCUAUGAGUUUCCCAACGGGACAACGUUGUAUGACGACUUCAGUGGUGAUAUUGUCAGUCGCAACAUAUUACAUGGAAAUGUAUUGCUCGGACCACCGCGUCUGAGACAGAUCUCUGUGACUAAAGGUGUCUGCAAGACGAGUGUCUUCACCAAUCACAUGCCCACGUGUUAUCGUCCCUACACUUGGUUCAAUGAGAACCGUGGACAGCAUCAGGGAUCUGCCUGGGUAAGCAUGUGGGAGGCUGGAGUGACGCCUAUAAACGGCGUGUUGGAAGUGUAUUUGGGCGCUGGCUUUGUCAAGAGUCUCACCCACAACCAUACGGAAAAUGUCAAGUUAAUUGAGAGCUUGCGCGAUAGCAAAUGGAUCAGUCGCAAUACCCGAAUUGUUGUAAUUGAGUUCAAUUUAUAUCACAUCAUGACAAACUUAUUGGAGAGCGUGAAGCUUCGAUUUGAACAAUCUUCCUUUGGUGGAAUUAUUCCCAGUUAUUCGUUCACAGUAAUACAGCGACAUUCGUUCUUUACCUCACCCGAGCGGAGCUUACAAGUUAUAGCAUCUUUGUACUAUGUAAUGGUCGUGCUGUUUACAGCUAGAGAUGCUGCUAUUAUCACACAAAUCGGUUUCUGUAAAUAUAUACGCAGAUUUAGGAACUGCACGGACUUUUUCUGCUACGUGCUAUCAUACUUAAUGCUGAUAAUCCAUAUCGUUCAUUACUUCCAUAUUGAAGGCUUAUUAAAGAGAAUGAAAAGAUCUGAUAAAUAUAUUUCUCUUGACUGGGCAUGCGUCUUGGUAAUUGCCUACAAUAAUAUUGCUGGAGCUGCAAUUUUUCUGAUCUGGGCUCGUCUGCUUACCUUUUUGAUAAUCAAUCGAACCAUGGCGGUAUUUGUGGAAGUGAUGCGAAGAAGCAUCCACGAAAUGAUUGGAUUUUCUGUCAUGCUCGUGACCUUCAUAAUGGCCUACGCAGAGUGUGGCCUUGCAUUAUUUGGCGACUAAAGUUUACGAUCUGCUGUAUUUGAUCUUGUGCCGUAAGCGAAGACUGCGCGAAGAAA